UACACACCCCUCUCAGUCUCUGUGGAAGCUCCUGCCGGCUACCCGUGGUCUGCGUUGGACUAUGGCUUCUCCUGGACUCUGGGCAAUCGACUAUGAGGUUUUUGGGGAUGUCCAGGGUGUCUUCUUUAGAAAGUACACAGAAGAGCAAGGGAGAAAGCUGGGAGUGGUUGGCUGGGUGAAGAACACUGCCCACGGGACUGUGACCGGACAGGUACAAGGGCCGAAAGACAAAGUGGAGAUAAUGAAGAACUGGCUACGCAGCGUGGGAAGCCCUAUGUCACGCAUUAACCACGCUGUGUUCACCAACGAGAGAGAGGUCACCAGUUUGGAGUUCCAGUCCUUCACCACCAAGUAUUAGAAGCAGCUGGCUGGUCAGGAUGGGGGCGGGGCG